UAUACAUUUAUUAGAAUCCUAAAUUUCACAUUCCAAAAACUCUACCCUACCCCUCAACUCUAAACCCUAAUUUUUGAUUAGUUAAUCCUAGAGUAAUAUAAGAUUUUUUCUCUCUUUAAAAGUGAGAAUAAAAGUUGUUAGUGUAAACAUGAAAAAAUGAUAUUACAAAUAUGGUAUUUUUGGAAAUUUCCCUUUAAAAUUUUAGAAAUAGUUAAAUAGCCACAAAACAUGCUUUUAUUUCCAAACUAGCCGACAAGGGUCAAAGUGAUCCAAAUAUAUAUCAUUAAAGGGGUAAAUGAUACUGAUACAUUUUUCUACAGAUAUUUUAAAUAAAUAAAUAUUUAAAUGAAAGAAUUUGAAAACAAAAUUUCAAAAUUUUCCAAUAUUUUUGUGAAACGAUUAAACAUUUUUGGAAAACCUUCCUAAAUGUAUAUGAUAUCUUCAUGCAUUUGAAUUAUAUGCAUAUUUAGGAAAACAUUACUGAAUAAAUAUAAUAUUUCUUAAAAUUUAGGAAUAUAUUAAUAAUAUGUAUAAUAUCUUCAUAAAGUUCAUGAAAAUUUUCAUUAAAAUGUGUAUUGAAAAAUACAUUCCGAAUUGAAUAUUUAAAAAGAUCUUUAUAAAUAUAUUAUUUAUAAAUAAAUUACUGAAUUUGAAUUAUAUGUAUAUUUAGUAAGAUAUUCUUGAAUUUGUAUAACAUCUUCUUAAAGUUAUAGGAAGACUUUCCUGAAUUUGAUAUCAAAAUUUUAUAAAUAUUCAGGUACACAUAUAAAUAAAAUUCAAGAAGAUGUUAUACACAUUUAGGAAGAAUUUCCUAAAUAUACAUACAUGUUACAUUAAAGAAGUCUAAUUGCAAGUUUAUGAAGGUAAUUCUGAAUUUAUUAAAAGAAAUUUGAAAAAAUUGGGAAGAUAUCCUACAUAUUCAUGAAUAUUUUCUUAAACUAUUUUAAGAAAUAAUGUUUUUGAAAUAUUUUAAGGGGGGGGGGGGGGGGGGGGGGAGAAACUAGGAAAAAAAAUGAGAAUGUUAUUUUUUUGAAAAAGUAAAACUGUAAAUAAAUGUAUAAUUAUCAUUUAUUUAUAUAUAUAUAUAUUUAAUAAAUAAAUAAAUAAAAUUAUAAAUGAAUGUAUAAUUAUCAUUUAUCCAUUAAAAAUUAAUUUGGUCAUUUUAAUAAUUAGAGACUAUUUAGGAAUUGGAUGAUUUGCCUUUUUAAUUUUGGUUUGUUUUGUUUUACACUAAUGUUUUGCAGGCGCUUUUGUUAGUUUAUCUCAAAACCAAUUAUCAGCGUAAAAUGCAUGUUUAGAUAAUUAGAUCUAUUGGUUUUUAACGUACAUUAAAUGAGUUAUGAAUGGAUUUUUCUGGUGUUCAAAAAAAAAGAUGAAUAUAUUGUUCUAUGUUGCUUGUCUAUAUGUUAUGCUUUUAACUAGACUUUAGAUCUAGUGGCUAAUAACAAAAGUGUUUUUUUGACAAAAUAAAUGAUAAAAUAAAUGAAAAUCAUCUUGUGGUUUAAUUAAUGGGAUAGUUAAAAACUUAAAAUACAUAAUUUUGAAAUUUAAACAUUAGUAAUUGCCACAAACAUUUUCGCUUCAUACAAAUAAUUAAAAAAGUUAAACCAUCUGACUUAUCGUCCACCAUUGAAAGUCCUUGCGAUCUUAAUAGUUACGUUUUAUUUUCACAAACUUACUCACAUGUAUUUUUUUCUGCAUAUUGUACGAACAGACAAAUUUAGUAUUUGGUAAUAAGCUGAUAAAACAAUUAGCCUUUGGAUGACAUGGUGUCCACUCUUCAAACCACCACAAUGUUCCCUAUCUAUUAUCUGCGACAAUAUCAAAUAGGAUGUAAGCCACUAAACUUAACCAUCAUUCGUUUCUACAUUAUAUUUGAAUAUAAAAUUAAAUAAGCCAUCUCAUCAGUUAAAACUCCAUAAUUUGUUGUCAACAUCCACACAACGGAUAAUUCACGCAACGUAUCAAUGUAUCUUUCACACAGGGCCGCAAAGUGAAUUUGGAAACCAGGUAAAUAUUACUCCCUCUAUUUUACGAAUAUAAAAGUUUUGGACAUUUUCAUGCACAUUUUAAAAAUAAUUUUACAACAGCAAUCAAUCAUAACUGUUUCAAAUGUCAUAAUUUUUUUUAAAAAAAAAAAUAUUAUUAUUAUUAUUUUUUUUAUUUUUUUGAUUAAGGGUUUUCAAAAUUUUUUUUUUGAUAAUAAUGAUCUUAGGUAAUAUGAGUAAACAAGCUAAAAAUUAAAUAAAAAACACAUAACUCCUAUUUCUAUUAAAUGAGUAAUAAUUUUAAAUUUUUUAUCUUCAAUCGGAGUCAGAAAUUAUUUAAACAGAAAGAGCCAUAUUUCAUGUUACUUGGGCUCCGAAACAGCCGCUGAUCGCACCCUUUGUUUUAUAUAUUAGAGCAUUGCCAAUGAGGAACAUCAUUUUGGGGGUGGAUAAUAUUUAACAUGAAAGUUUUAGGAUGAGUUGUUCCAACAAAGAACCUACAUAUAUUUUUAAAGAACCUACAUGAAAGAACCUACAUAUUUUUUGAAUUUGUUAAUAUAUUACAUUUUAAUCUUUAGCAUUAAUAAUAAUCAAUUAUAAGUAAGUAAUAAAUACAGAGUUAAAAUACAAACACAAUAUUUAUGACUCAUAUAUGAAUUUUUGGUUUUACAAAAUAAGAAAAUCCUAAAGUUCUGAAAAGAAAGUACAUCAACUAGGGAAAACAAUUAAAAAUGGUUCAGUUACGUAAAUAUUAUAUAUAUAUAUAUACAAAUAUAUAUUUUUUUUACAUACUAUUAUUUUAUAUUAAUAGUUUUGAUUUUAAUUUUUAAAUAUUUAUAUAUUUUAUAUACUACUGAUAAUAUGUAUUUGAGUAUUAAAGUGAAAUAAUAUUAUACAAAAUUAAAGUGAUACAUAAAUUAUAUUAGUAGAAUAAUAUGUAAGUUAUAUAAUUAUAAAGACUAAAUUGAAAAGUAAAUAAUGUUUAAGGUUUUGAAUAGUAAAACAUUAAAUUUGAGAUUUUAUUAUUCAGUCCUUCAAAAUUUUGAAAGUUUGAAAAUGUUUGGUAAGGUUUAAAACUUAAAAUUUAUAGGUUUAAGAACAUGUUGGAGAUGCUUUUAGCUAAUCGAAAUUGAGGAGAAAAUUCUAAAAAAGAUGCGGCGGGAUGGGUUGUUAGUUUUUCCAAUUCCAUAUCAGCUGGCUACUUGGACCAAUUGAUCUAUAAUCCGGGUUACACUGAACACUUACAUGACAUCCUGAAUAUUACCGUAGUCGAAUAGCUCGAACACUCGUUCGCCACUAAAUUAUAUGCCCUAUGUUUUAUAUUAGUUAGUGCUUAAGGUUUUUACACAACUAUGAAGAAAUUGUUAACUUUUUUUUCAUUUUGCAUUAGUUAAGCUUAAUCCAACAAAAAAAAAUAUUCAAUAAAAAAUUGGUCAAAAACAACAAAUAACAUUAAAUUUUGCAUAGAAAUUUGAAUAUAUCAUUUAAUUGAAACAAAAAUAAAUCUUAAAACACCAACUAAAAUGAAACAGAAAAGCCUAUAUAUUGGCGGAUUCAUAUAUUCGUGACUAAAUUUAUUGAUUCUUUUAAAAUGAUAAUCCCACACGUUACUCAUUGUGAUGAAGCCAAUUAGCAUAAUGAAAUAUAAGAAAUAUCUUUGAAAAUAAAAUAAAAAUAUGUAAAAUUAUUUAGAGUAUAUGUUACAAAUAUGAUAUAUUACAAGCAGCAACAAGAGAUGAAUAGUUUCGUGAAUAUUCAGGUUGAUACUGAAUUUUCUUAGAGUAGAUUCGACAAAGUGUGAUGAGUGGACAAAAAUGAAAGAUGUUUGCAAGUUGAUUAUAUAUAGUAUAUAAUGUAAGUGCAUGCUUUUGAUUCUCGAAACUAUUUUCAUAUAACUUACGGAUAUAUAAGUUCGGCUUGGACGUAUAAGUCUAAAUAUAAUUUUGUAUACAUUGCUACACUACAUUCUUUUUAUUGGUACGAUACUUUAUGAUUCGUUAUCAAUAUAUUAAUACUACCUUGACGAAAACAUUAUUCAUUAGUGAUCUUAGAUACUAAUAAACCAGCCAUCUUGAUUAUGCAAAUAUUUAUUCCAAAAAAGAAGCAACAUUUGCUCUUCAUACGCAAGUCUUUAUAACCAAUAGUCCAAAUAAUUGAUAAAUUAUAUAUAAUAGGUGUGUAACCAAAGAAACUUACGAGUUACGACCUAACCGGUUUGGAUCAUAUAGAACAAGACUAUAGUUAGCCACACAUAAUGGAUAAUUAUUUGAUAAUAUUAAAAAAAUGUAUAACUAAAGUGAUGCAUAGAUAGCCAAUGGCUGUAAAAAUGCACUCGUAUAUUGCCUUUUGUGUCAGCCCAAUUUGGCUAUAUAAGCAAGUACGCUCUUGUGUGGUGUAAUCAUUCACAGUUAUAAGGCUCAUAGUCAAGUACAAUAUUGAUACAUCAAUACAAUCAAGAAAGAGAAACCUAUAGAAAAAGAAACAUAGAUCAAAUGGAGAGUGAGAAAAUGUGGGGAGGCUUAAUGAAUAGAGUGAAACCAUACUUAGCAAUGAUAUCUAUGCAAUUUGGUUAUGCCGGUAUGUACAUAAUCACCAUGGUCUCUCUUAAGCAUGGCAUGAACCAUUACAUCCUGGCCGUUUACCGCCACGCAAUCGCCACGGUCGUCAUCGCGCCGUUUGCUCUAUUUCAUGAGAGGAAAACAAGGCCGAAGAUGACGUUCCGAAUAUUCCUUCAAAUUGCGCUGCUCGGAUUUAUUGAGCCGGUGCUGGAUCAGAAUCUCUACUACGUCGGGAUGACUUACACCUCAGCGACUUUCGCUUCUGCUACGGCUAAUGUUCUUCCUGCCAUCACCUUCGUAUUGGCAAUCAUUUUCAGAUUAGAGAGCGUGAAUUUUAAGAAGGUACGAAGCAUAGCCAAAGUUGUCGGAACAAUUAUUACAGUCUCCGGAGCACUUCUCAUGACUCUCUACAAAGGUCCAAUCAUUGACUUUAUAAAAUUCGGUGGUGGUGGAGGAGGCGGUGACGGUGCAGGAGGACCUCACGGCGGUGCAGCAUCAGCGGCUUUGGACAAACACUGGGUUCCGGGAACUCUAAUGUUGUUGGGGAGAACUUUUGGUUGGGCCGGUUUCUUCAUUCUACAAUCGUUUACACUGAAGGAGUACCCAGCUGAGCUAUCAUUAACGGCGUUAAUAUGUUUGAUGGGAACGUUAGAAGGAACUGCCGUCUCAUUGGUAACGGUACGUGACCUGAGCGCUUGGAAAAUCGGCUUCGACUCUAAUCUCUUCGCAGCCGCGUACUCCGGGGUGAUAUGUUCGGGAGUGGCGUAUUACGUUCAAGGAGUAGUGAUGAGAGAAAGAGGACCAGUUUUCGUUGCGACAUUUAAUCCUCUAUGUGUCGUUAUAACUGCAGCUCUUGGUGUUGUUGUAUUGUCUGAAAGUAUUCAUCUUGGAAGUGUGAUUGGAACGAUAUUUAUAAUUGUGGGCCUAUACACUGUUGUAUGGGGUAAAGGCAAAGAUAAGAGAAUGACGGAUGAUGAUAGCAAAGAACUUCCGGUUAAGAUUUCAGUUAAAGAGGUCGACGCCAAUAGAGUCUUAGCCGGCAGAUUGGAGAUGAAAACAAAGGAAGGCCAGGAGACUAAUAAGGCUAAUCAAGCUGGGAUUUGAGGAUACUUGAGUGAUAAAAGGCCUUUCUGUGUAUAUUGUUUAUGCUUUCUUUUCUUGCUUUCUACGGUUACAGAACGCUUUUGGCAGAUCAUAUGUAACUGAUGAGAUGAAUCAUAUCAUCUUAUAGUUAACAAAAAGGUUUUGCUCUUUAAUAGGUUUCCAUGUCGAAACAAAGGUGAAUCUUCUAAAAUCCAUGAAACUUCAGGUUUUCUUGCCAUAAGAAGCGUUUCUACCAAGACUCUUAAAUUAGCAUAACAUCUUUUUCGAACUUGAAUUUACAAACAAAAUAAAAUUAGGCUUCGUCAUUGUAUCUAAUAUGCAUAACUAAUUAGAUUACACUUGAUCAAAAGAACAAAAGAAACUAAUUAGGUUUGUUUUCUUGUUCAACAACUAAAUAGCUUGAUAACAAUUUUUACUUAAGAAAAAGAUAUUUAAAAUAGUAAUGGAGAAACAAUUCAUUGCGAUCAUCUAGAUGUUGAUGUAACGUAAUAUCUUCCAAGAGUUUAGAGAUUUCAAUUGAUCAGUGAUCAUAAUGAUUAUACCCAGGCCUGGUCGUACCUCACACUCUUUAAAUAUAUAAUUUUGUUUCUGGAAUAAGAAUAAACAAGUACAUGAGAUGGUAGCCGAUACAAUGAUAUACAAAUACAUAAACAUGUGAUGUAUGCAUAGACGAAGACAGUUUUUGGUUUCUAAUUACCGCAUACCCAGCUAAAUGUUUCACAGAAGGUUUUUAUUGGAUUAUGACCACCUCGAGGGACGAUGAAGUGCUCAUUACCCAAUGGAUCACAUAUUUUCUGGCAUGGAGUGGUACAUAUGUUUGGAGUUGCUUUUCUUGAUGCCUUCAUACAUAUAUUUCACGAUACAAUUUUUUACACACUUCAUCCAUUAAAUAUGGGAGAUUUGUGAUGAUAACAUCAUUGUAAACAAAAUUUACAAUCAUUAAAAGACUGGAUGUCAAAGAAAAAAAAAACACUAAAAAUUUUCUUUGAUACUUGAACUGCCAUAUCGUACAGUAAUUAUUACACCUUUUAAAUCGUAUAUGUUUCUUUAUUGUGGUUUUGAAAUAAGAUGAUUUAGUACAAAUAUUCCAAGUCAAUGUAGAUGUAUUUAUAUGUUUAGUAAAUUUAAUUUUAACAGGUUUUAAAAAUUACGACCUGUUAUUAAGCUGUCAAUUUUUUUCCUUUUUGGUUAAAUAUAAUGAGGUGUGUUGUUAUAUACUGUUUGAUCAUCUGAACAAUUUUUUUUUCUUUUUGUAAGCUAAUCUAAACAAAUAUUUUUUAUAAAUAAAUUGUAACUAAUUGUUCUCACUAAAUAUUAUUACGGGAAACUAAUUUUAAACCCACAUCAUCACAUAAAUAAUUUAUGACCUAAAUAAAUACUUAUGUAGCUUUUAUAAAAUAAAUGACAAUUCAC